AUGGCACGGCUCCUCUCUAUGCUCCGACACCUCGCGCACGCCUACCUAGUGCUCUACAUCCUCCUCCUCGCCGCCGCCUUCCUCACCAUCACCGCCACCUUCGGCGCCAUCUUCUUCGACUCGGACCCUGCGUGCUACGAGGCCUUCACCAGCACCGACAUGACAGACAUCGACCUAAACUGGUGCUACGACGUCUCCGUCUCGGCCGUCAAGCCCCCCUUCUGGGCGUUCCACUACGCCGUGCUGACGAGCAUGGUGUUGCCCAUGCUGAGCCUUCCCAUCGUGGCGCUGGGGGUCGUCAAGCUGUGUCGGCGAGGGGCAAGGUUGCUGGCGGUGCUGUGGCGGGAACGGCGUACCGUGGCUGACGUGCUGUUUUGGUGGAAUGUCGUGACGUGGAGCUGGGCGGUGUUUUUUUAUGGGGCGCAGUUCGCGGAGACGCUGGCGGCGGCGGUGGGGGUUGGGGGUGAGGGUGGGGCCGCUGGAGUCGAGGGUCAGGCUGUGCUGGCGGGUGGAGGCGCUCAAGAGCUCUAG